CAGCUAGGGGCGUGGCCUUCAGAGCCUGGUGCUACAGCUGGAUGCUAGGUUAGUCAGCUGGUUCACUCUACAGGGCUGAGGGGUUGGAAGAUAAGGAGAUACUGCUGCUACUGGGGUUAAGGACGGGCUUAAGUGAAGGACACAGAUAAAGAAAAGAAAGGUUCAGCGAGGUCAGCACGAUGACUGAUGGGGACUAUGAUUACCUGAUCAAGCUCCUGGCUCUGGGGGACUCUGGAGUAGGGAAGACAACUUUUCUAUACAGGUACACAGACAACAAGUUCAACCCCAAGUUCAUCACCACGGUGGGAAUAGACUUCAGGGAAAAGAGAGUGGUGUACACAGCAUCGGGCCCCAAUGGAACCACAGGGAAGACUUUUAAAGUUCACCUCCAGCUCUGGGAUACGGCUGGACAGGAGAGGUUCCGGAGUCUAACCACAGCCUUCUUCAGAGAUGCCAUGGGCUUCCUGCUCAUGUUUGACCUCACCAGCCAACAGAGCUUUCUCAACGUCCGCAACUGGAUGAGCCAGCUGCAGGCCAAUGCGUACUGUGAGAACCCAGACAUUGUGUUGGUGGGCAACAAGGCAGACCUGGCGGACCAGAGAGAGGUGCAGGAGAAGCACGCUAAGGAACUAGCCGACAAGUACGGGAUCCCUUACUUUGAGACGUCGGCAGCGACGGGGUCUGAGGUGGACAAGGCGGUCAUCACUCUGCUAGACCUGGUCAUGAAGAGGAUGGAGCAGUGUGUCGACAAGCCCACAGCCGAUCCCGCCAACGGGGGAGGAGCCACCAAGCUGGAGGACGCUGCGCCUGACCAGAAGAAGUGUGCAUGUUAGACCUCUUCCACGUCCCCUUCUCCCUACUCUGGUUGGUCCUCUAGUGCGCCCUCUGGUGGCCAGACGCAGAAGGUCAGCAGCGUGGCCACAGCAUGAUGUGUGAGGGGGCAGCUCAGUCAGCCACACUGCAAUGGGGGUUGUGGUUCUGGCCUUGCAUGGCCUGUGUGUACUGUGCUGGGCCUGGCUAUGUGUCUCUCCUGCCUGUCCUGUGUUGUGUUGUAUUGUGUCCCAAUUGUCACCCUGUUCCCUUACAUAGGGCAUUACAUUUGACCAGAGCCUAUAAGGUGUGCACUAUGUACAUUGCCUUGGACAUAAUGGACAAGACAGUGGGACGAGCCGAGUUCAUUAUCUCCUAAGUAAUGUACAGAACGGAGGCGUUCAUCCCGCUUAUACCACAGUUGCCAAAGAAAACAAUACUAAAGCACACAUUUUUCUGGUGGAAAUGUUUUCAUAGAUAUUUUUUGAAUUGAUUAAAAGUCAAAUUAAUACUUUUUCCAUCCUCCCAUGAAACCUGAUUUGUUAGUCCGUUGCCAGAGAUGCGACUCCGUGGCUCAUUCUUUCUGUUCUAUGGACGUUUUUAUUCGGUUGCCAUGCUGACUUGCUUGCUAGCUAGUGAACUAUUUUUUUUAACACAAUCACAUCAACCUCUGCAGCCAGAAUAACGGUAAAGUAGCUGUGUUUGCGUAAGCUGUUUUCUAGUGACAAUCCAUAACAAUGAGCUGAUGAUGAUGAGCGAUUUUGGCAUUGAAUAGUUUGCGUUCGCGUCAGGACACUGUUCAUUAUGAGGAGAGCGCAUUGCAUAUUUACAUUUUGAGUCAUUUGGCAGACACUCUUGCUCAAGGGCACCAUUGUUCACCUAGUCCGCUCGGGGAUUCGAACCAGCGACCUUUCGGUUAACUUCUAGGCUAGCUGCCGCCCUUAUCGAACACGGCAAACACUAGGCUUGAACGUAGGUAAACAGUUUGUUGCUAGCAAACAUGCCAAUAUGACCAAUCAAAUUUAACAAUAUCAGUUGCUGAAAACAGCUGUUAAAAAUAGAAAAGUGGGCGGGUUUGACAGCAUAGCUCCACCUGCUUCAUGAUUGCAACAUUGAAGGCCCGGGAAAAAUGUAUGUUCAUCACUCACCACGUUAAGUUCAUCAGAGGUCUCUGCGAGAGAAAAAAAUAAAUGAAUGCUAGCUAGCUAGUUAGCUAUGUUUUUCCUUUGUUGGACCUGCGUUUACAAUGUAUCCAAUAUCGGUUUGUGUGGUUGUUGGUUUAUCUUUCUGUAACUACAGUCUGCUUGUGUAGUGCUUUAUAAUACGUCAUGAUCAGGUAUCCCAUAUAUAUAUCUGUCCCAGAGACAUCUGUCUUCUAUAUUUGGUUUUAAUGCCCAUUCUAGAAUGCCCUUCUAGCCAAUCAGAAACGAGUAUUCAACAAUGCUGUGGUAUAAAUAGGGAAUAGGUUGCCAUUUGGGACGAAAGCCUGGCCUAUCGGAGGCCUAUGUUUUUAUAAAACUUUAUAUCCUCAUGUUGUUUACAAGUAUUUGUCCAAUCUAAUCUCCUGCCUUGGCUUCUAAGGCCCCAUCCAUACGGUACCAAUAUUAAAAUCUAAUCUCCUGCCUUGGCUUCUAAGGCCCCAUCCAUACGGUACCAAUAUUAAAAUCUAAUCUCCUACCUUGGCUUCUAAGGCCCCAUCCAUACGGUACCAAUAUUAAAAUCUAAUCUCCUGCCUUGGCUUCUAAGGCCUCAUCCAUACGGUACCAAUAUUAAAAUCUAAUCUCCUGCCUUGGCUUCUAAGGCCCCAUCCAUACGGUACCAAUAUUAAAAUCUAAUCUCCUACCUUGGCUUCUAAGGCCCCAUCCAUACGGUACCAAUAUUAAAAUCUAAUCUCCUGCCUUGGCUUCUAAGGCCUCAUCCAUACGGUACCAAUAUUAAAAUCUAAUCUCCUGCCUUGGCUUCUAAGGCCCCAUCCAUACGGUACCAAUAUUAAAAUCUAAUCUCCUGCCUUGGCUUCUAAGGCCUCAUCCAUACGGUACCAAUAUUAAAAUCUAAUCUCCUGCCUUGGCUUCUAAGGCCUCAUCCAUACGGUACCAAUAUUAAAAUCUAAUCUCCUGCCUUGGCUUCUAAGGCCCCAUCCAUACGGUACCAAUAUUAAAAUCUAAUCUCCUGCCUUGGCUUCUAAGGCCCCAUCCAUACGGUACCAAUAUUAAAAUCUAAUCUCCUGCCUUGGCUUCUAAGGCCUCAUCCAUACGGUACCAAUAUUAAAAUCUAAUCUCCUGCCUUGGCUUCUAAGGCCCCAUCCAUACGGUACCAAUAUUAAAAUCUAAUCUCCUGCCUUGGCUUCUAAGGCCUCAUCCAUACGGUACCAAUAUUAAAAUCAUAAAGCAUUUAUAUAUGAUUUUUAAAUUUAAAGUAGAGUUGUAUGUUUAUUAACUUUUUUUAGUUUUUAGAUCAGAUUGUUAUUAUUAUUACAGUAAAUCUAAUCUCGUUAGAUCACGGUUCAACACACAUUAAAUUUAGGUAAAGUCAAAUUAAAUUGACAGUAAAUGUGAUCCCCCAUUUAACAGUACUGUUUGACAACCGCCGUGUAUAGCUAAAUGUGCAUAAAAGACAGUAAGGUAUGAUCAACUUUAUGAUAUUGUAAUAUCACUCAAGUCAAGACUGAUAUAAUAUUACUGUCAGGAAAAUACAUCGUCAAGUUGUAAAUAUCUCAUUGAUUAUAACUGCUGUCUGUUUCUGUCUGUCUCUGUCUGUCUCUGUCUGUCUCUGUCUGUCUGUCUCUGUCUGUCUCUGUCUGUCUCUGUCUGUCUGUCUGUCUGUCUGUCUGUGCCAAAAUUAACUGGUCACAUACACAUAUUUUGCCUAUAUUAUUUUGGGUGUAGCGAAAUGCUUGUGUUCCUAGCUCCAACAGUGCAGUAAUAUCUAACCAGGUCAGGGGUGUCUGUCUGUCUGUGGCCUUUUGACAUCCCUAGCUACUAAUCUCGUGUGACAGACUUUUAACAUCAAAUCUAGCUACAGUAGUUGGCUAGUGCACGCAAGGUGUAGUUCUGUGUUCCGUAAGGAUGUUGCUAUGGAAUGUAGUUCUGUGUUCCGUGAGGAUGUUGCUAUGGAACGUAGUUCUGUGUUCCGUGAGGAUGUUGCUAUGGAACGUAGUUCUGUGUUCCGUGAGGAUGUUGCUAUGGAACGUAGUUCUGUGUUCCGUGAGGAUGUUGCUAUGGAAUGUAGUUCUGUGUUCCGUGAGGAUGUUGCUAUGGAACGUAUUUCUGUGUUCCGUGAGGAUGUUGCUAUGGAAUGUAGUUCUGUGUUCCGUGAGGAUGUUGCUAUGGAACGUAGUUCUGUGUUCCGUGAGGAUGUUGCUAUGGAACGUAGCAUGGCCACAUCUACCAGCGUUUACAGGACUUACUCCACUUUGCACGGCCUGGCGAGUGACAACACAAGUGUUUAACAACCAUUGCUCCACCCCCCACCACCAUUUCUUACACCUGAAUGUAACAUCCUCAACUUUUCUAUGACACAAUAAUAACAUGAUGGUACAUCGGGACCAAGACAGACAGGCAGUCAGUGUUAACAACUAGUAUUGUGUUUAAGACAAGACAAAAGUCCAUAAUGUAGUAUCUGUUCUGUAUAUAACUGAUGUGAAUUUAGUGUUUAAUAAACCUGAUUGUAGGACA